AUGGCCUGUCGCAGGAACACAGACUAUCACAUCCAGACAUACGAGUUUCACAUCCUGAAUCGGCCGGGGCUGCGACGGCUCUCGUCCCUGUACGCGCAGCGGCCAGCAGUCCUUUCGAAUUACUCCUCGCCGGCGCCUUCCUUGGCGGAGUUCGUUGAGAAGCUGAAGACAGACGUGGCUGCCCGAGGCGUGGCUGAGGAUCCGUGGGCGUUGGCGCGGAAGUGGGCAGGUCCAAACUCGCUGGUUCCUGAAUCUGCCCCUGGCCUUGGUGACGUCCUGGCUGCCCUGUCCUCCGCCCCGAUCGUAGCAGCCGAUGCUUUCGAUGAAGGACACCAGCUCAAGCUUUUAUUGGAGUUUGAAAGAAAUCAGAAAGCCAUUUUUAAAGUAAUGAGGUACAAUCGCUCGGCAGUAAUUACAGUCAUGAACUCAGGAUACGAUCGCCAUAAUGGGGAAAUCGCCGCCUUCCACACUGCUAGACUCCUGGGGCUGCAGAUGGCUCCGGUGGCUGUAGGUCGCAGAAUACAUCUAGCAAAGGAAGUCUUGCCUGUAGCUUCAAAGAGGCUUGCUAAAACCUUUUACAUCGAUGGAAUGAUAUAG